UACCGACUGCGGUGCCUGGCAACAGAAAAAGACGUGAUGACGUCCUCUCCAGAUUGCGUAUUAUGGGAUGUGCGGAAUUAAACAACCCGAAGAGGACACGGUGAAGCCAAAAAAAUAAUAAAAGAGACAGAAAUAAACGAGGCGCAUGGUGAACCAUGGAGCUCUCGGCUGUUGGUGAGAGCGUCUUCGCAGCCGAAUCCAUCAUUAAACGUCGGAUCAGACGGGGUCGCUGGGAAUAUCUCGUGAAAUGGAAGGGUUGGUCUCAGAAGUACAGCACUUGGGAGCCGGAGGAAAACAUCCUGGAUGCACGUCUCUUCGCUGCCUUCGAGGAGAGGGAGCGCGAAAGGGAGCUGUUUGGGCCGAAAAAGAGGGGUCCCAAACCCGAGACAUUUCUCUUGAAGGCCAAAGCCAAGGAAAAGACAUGUGAAUUUAGAAGAGAGGCUCCCAGAGGGAUCCAGGUUUCCUAUCCAGUCCCGGAGCCUGUCAUAACACCGAGGGCCCGGGAGGGUCUACGCGCCGUGGUUCCCACAAUCUUCCCACCGAGCGCCGUCAACAGGGGCGAGAGUGUCCACAUCCGACCACCGGAGCCAGAGAGGAGGCCCAGACCGACUCCACCAGCUGAUCUGUCAGUCCAAGAAUCCGCCCGGGUCCCCCAAAAAAGAGGGCGCAAACCGAAGCUGCAUUUACAUUAUAAUGAAGAUGACAGAGGCAGCUCAGCGGAGCCGGACCCCAAACGGAGCAGGCUACUGGAGCAGCCGGGGUCUCACGGUUUGUCCAAAAUGCCCCGACGCUUGCAUCAUCACGGAGAGACGUCAGAUCACAGCCUUGUCCAGUUGACCAAGAGGUUUCAGGAGAAGACCACGAUAACACCCAAAUCCAGCAGCGAGCACAGACACGCUGGGUUGUCUUACAGCUGCGCAUUCAGUCCAGAUGUGCGUGAUCAGGGGGCACAUAGGACUAGUUGUGUGACCAGGAUGUCUAUUCCUCAGCCCAGAAAGACGAAGAUGUCUGCAGAACACCAGCAUCAGGCGAAGGAGUGCUUUCUGCCCCGGGGACAACCUGCUGUCAUGUCGACACAGUCCGAGUCCAUCCAAGAUUCAUCCACGCGACCAUCCUCGUCCUGGACCCCCUGUUUCACCAACGUGGACUCUGUGACUGUGACAGACGUCACCAUGAACUUCUUGACAGUCACCGUGAGAGAGAGCAGCACAGAGAAAGGCUUUUUCCGAGAGAAAAGAUGAGUAGAUGCGCUUUGGCCAGACUAGGCUAAUGUAUGUUUAACAAGCUACUAACAGGCCUACUGUAAUAUUAUAUUUUUCUAUGUAACAUUCAAACGUGUACAUACAUAUAUUUAAUACGCUGCUGAGAAAAUUAAAAAAGGAAAGUGACUUUGUGA